AUGGUCUCGCUCACGACGACUCUGCUCACCUCUUCGCUGCUGGCGUCGACCGUUCUUGCCCACUUUACUCUCGACUUUCCGGAAUCGCGUGGCUUUGACGAGGAUAUCGAGCCGCAAUUCUGUGGCGGUUUCAACACCACCGAAGCUCGUCAGCCUUUCCCUCUUGGCAAAGGUCCCAUCUGGAUCGACAGCCACCACACCCAGGCAAGUGUGUAUGCCAUGCUUUCGACUAGCGAGAACCCCACAUCGUUUUCAGACUUCAACACCACCAGCAACGGUACCAACAUUCCUGCCGUGACGAACUGGUUCCCAGUGUCCGAGGGCGAGGAUUGCUGGAAUAUCGACCUCGAGGCUCUCGGCCUUGGCCUCACCAAUGGUUCCCUUGUCACUCUCCAGAUUCUCUUCAACGGCGGUGAUGGCCCCCUCUAUCAAUGUACCGACUUGGUUCUCCUGUCCAACUACACCCUGCCCUCGAACCGCACGUGCUCCAACGACACGGCUGCCUCUUACACUGCCACGGCUGGAGCUUCGCAGACUUCGACCCCGUCAACUGCUUCUGCUUCGACCACUGCCAAGAGCUCUGCCGACGCCCACACCCCCAUCACAUUUGGUAUCCUGGGAAUUGCUGCUCUUGCCGUAGUUCACUUGGCCCUAUAG